UACAGUCUUUUCUACAACAUGUUCCGGUUCGUAGCUUUAUUCGCUUUUGUCAGCUGUGCUUUUGCAGGCGCCAUUCCCAACGAUUUAGAUGGUCGCAUUGUAAAUGGUGUUGAUACCACUAUUCAGGCCCAUCCCUAUCAGGUUUCUUUGCAAACCAACAAUGGUUUCCAUUUCUGCGGUGGUUCCAUCAUUAGUGAAGAUAUUGUUGUAACUGCUGCUCAUUGUAUGCAAUCCUACAAGGCCUACCAAUUCAAAGUACGUUUGGGUUCCACUGAAUACGACAAUGGUGGUGAAUUGGUUGCUGUUAAGUCUUUCAAAUACCAUGAGGGUUACAAUCCCGAAACUAUGGUAAAUGAUGUUGCCGUUAUCAAACUAGCCACUCCAGUUCGUGAAUCUUCUAAGGUACGUUAUAUUAAAUUGGCUGAAAAGACUCCUGCUACUGGCACUACUGCUGUCGUUACUGGUUGGGGUUCUAAAUGCUUCUUGUUCUGUCAAACUGCACCUAAAGUUUUGCAAGAGGUUGAAGUUGAUAUUGUUGAUGAGAAAGCUUGUGCCUCCAGCGAAUACAAAUAUGGUGAUCAAAUCAAGGAAACUAUGUUGUGCGCUUAUGCUGUUAAAAAGGAUGCUUGCCAGGGUGAUUCCGGUGGUCCUUUGGUUGCCAAGAACCAAUUGGUCGGUGUUGUUUCUUGGGGUAAGGGUUGCGCUGUUGCUGGUUAUCCCGGUGUAUACUGCGAUGUUGCUACUGUCCGUAGCUGGAUUGAAAAGACUGCCAAGAGUUUGUAAAUUUUACAAAGUACAAAGUUAUUUGAAUAAAUUUUAUUUAAGUGUUAUUUAAAA